GGCCCGUCCACCCGCCGCCGCCACCCCGUCCACCCGCCGUCGCCCGUCUUCCCGCGCUGAUUUGUCCACCCGCCCUCGUCGAGUCGCCGUCGCCCGUCUGCCCCGCGCCGAUCCGUCCUGCCCCGCGCGCCCGAGCCCCCCACGAGCCCACGACGCGUCGACGCCGCCAGCCCGCCCUCGCCGAUUCGUCGUCUCGCCUCAGAUUUCGCGAUUUCGUUCGCGCCUUUCGGAUUCGAAUCGAAAUCGAGUGCAAAACCAAAGCAAAAACAGAGAUAUAUAGAUCGAUAGAUAAGGGAGGAGUAGAGAUCCAAGGGAGGGGGAAACGGAAGUGAUUUCACUGCUAGAUGCGAGGGAGAGAGGUAUCGUCGUCCACUCCUGCCAUGGGGCUGCUGGCGCUGCAGCGCGAGCGCCAGCGGCGUCAACAGCAAAUCCUAGCCUGUUAUGGAUCGAUUGCUACAGUGAAUAAAAGAAAGGAUUCGCUCUUUCAACGAGUUGGAGAUGAUGAUUCCCAACAUGGCGAAGCAUUGAGGUGUUCACUCCCAUACCUUCCUGAGGACAUCUGGCGUUAUAUACAUUCCCUAAUGCCAAUGCGUGAUGCUGCUCGUGCUGCUUGCCUUUCUCACGCCUUUCUACAUUCCUGGAGAUGUCAUCCCAACCUCACCUUGGAUCGGAAAACGCUUCGCUAUGCACGUGGAGGAAAUUUCAUCUGCAAAAUUGACAGAAUUCUGAGAAACCACUCAGGCAUUGGCUUGAAGACAUUGAAGCUUAAUUUAUAUGAUGAUGACAGUACCCUUCCUUAUGUCGACAGUUGGCUCCAGGUUGCUGUUACACCAGGGAUCGAAGAGCUCACCCUUGCGCUAGAUGAAAAGUACAACGUCCCAUGCUCGCUUUUAUCUGAUGGGGUUAGAAACUCAAUUCGGUGUCUUCAACUUUACUCUUGUGCCUUCCGUCCCACGGUUGAACUUGGCCCCUUGAGAAGCUUAACAAGUCUGUUUCUGAAUUCUGUGCUUAUUACGGUGGAUGAAUUAGAGUGCCUUCUUUCCAACUCCCUUGCUUUGGAGCAGUUGGACCUCUUUGAUUGCAAGGAGAUAAUUUUCCUGAAGAUACCUUGCGUGCUGCAGCAGCUUAGCUCCCUGAGCAUUACGACAUGGCGGGGGCUGCAAGUGAUAGAGAGCAAAGCUCCAAAUCUCUCCCGUCUUGACCUUAAUGCAGGUGAGAUCAAACUCUCACUUGGAGAAUUAUCGCAAAUGAAGGACUUCUCCCUGUGCCGUACGAACAGCGUCUGUUAUGCUCGUGCUGAGCUUCCGUCCAUUAUGCCAAAUCUUGAGACUCUUACAUUAUAUUCAGAUGAUGAGAUGGUUAAUACACCAAUGCUGCCUACCAAAUUCCUCUGCCUCAAGCACCUGACCAUUUCUAUGACAUCAGGAGUGGUCUUUCCGUCAUCCUAUGAUUAUGUUUCUCUGGUAUCUUUCUUUGAUGCGUCUCCUUCCUUGGAGACUUUGUUCUUGGAUAUAUCUCAGGAACGCAUGGAACGUGAAUCAGUUUUUGGAUGUUCCUCACAUUUGCGGCAGUUGCCUGAACGCCGCCAUGACUGCCUCAAGAGGGUGGAGAUCACAGGGUUCAGCUCUGCGAAGAGCUUGGUUGAGCUAACAUGUUGCAUUGUCAAGAGCGCAGUCUCACUUGAGCGUCUUGUGUUGGACACCCUUCCUGUUCAUCCUAGGUGUUCCGGGGAAAACAAUAAAACUUGCUGGCCCAUUAGCAAUACUGUGUUCGAGGAAGCCCUUAGAACGGUCGUGGCUGUAAGAACUUUCAUUGAGGAUGAAGUUCCGCCUACAGCUAAGCUGACUGUUGUGGAGCCAUGCGCACGGUGUCAUUCCGGUGGAUGAUGGUAGAUCUCUCAAGUUGCAGCCGGUCCUAUGCUGCUGAUGGAGGGUGGUAGAUGUCAUAAGUUAUCUUAAUAGAUGCACAAGUAACACUACUCUUUAGUCUUUACUCUUUACCAAUACCCGGCAGAAACACAUACCUUUUCUUCAGUAUCAUCCAAUCUUUGUGUAAGCCUUGCAACAAUUUCUUCAUUCUCUGUUAGAGAAUACUUCAAGUGUUAUAUUCUUCCCGUUAUAGGAUGAA